UUGGGGGAGAAGAAUCUGCAUGGAGCGAGUAUAUUAGCAGCUAAAGCAGCUGCUUGAACGGAUGCCGGUGGCAAGAUGUUCAAGCGACAUCGGUUAGACUUGGGUGAAGAUUAUUCGUCGAGCAAAAAGAGACCCUCUGAUGGGCGUGACCGAGAUAGAGACAGAGACCGUGAUGAACGGCCGAGGGACAGGGACCGUGACCGGGAUCGAGACCGUGACAGGGACAGAGAUGUGAAGUCACUCGGGGUGCCCAGCAUCCCAACUGCAGGCAGUGGAGGCUUCCUUAAGCAAAUGCCUAUUCAGCAGCAGAUCAACCCCUUCACCAACCUGCCCCACACGCCACGCUACUAUGAAAUCCUGAAGAAGCGGCUUCAGCUGCCUGUCUGGGAGUACAGAGAGCGCUUCACUGAGAUCCUGAUGCGUAACCAGUCUUUUGUCCUGGUGGGAGAGACGGGCUCUGGAAAGACAACACAGAUCCCCCAGUGGUGUGUGGACAUGGUGCGUUCAGUGCCAGGGCCGAAGAGAGCUGUGGCCUGCACCCAGCCCAGGAGGGUAGCGGCCAUGAGCGUCGCCCAGAGGGUCGCUGAUGAGAUGGAUGUUAUGCUGGGCCAAGAGGUGGGCUACUCCAUCAGGUUUGAGGACUGCAGCUCUGCCAAGACGGUACUCAAGUACAUGACAGAUGGGAUGUUGCUGCGGGAGGCCAUGAAUGAUCCUCUGCUGGAGCGCUAUGGUGUCAUCAUCCUGGACGAGGCGCACGAACGCACAUUAGCCACCGAUAUCCUCAUGGGGGUCCUGAAGGAGGUGGUCCGCCAGAGGCCUGAUCUCAAGGUCAUCAUCAUGAGCGCCACGCUCGAUGCCGGUAAAUUCCAGGUGUAUUUUGACAGCUGCCCACUGCUGACCAUCCCCGGACGCACGCACCCCGUUGAGAUUUUCUAUACGCCGGAACCGGAGCGGGACUACCUGGAGGCGGCCAUCCGCACUGUGAUCCAGAUCCACAUGUGUGAGGGGGAUGAAGGGGACGUUCUGCUCUUCCUCACCGGACAAGAGGAAAUUGAUGAAGCCUGCAAGCGAAUCAAGAGGGAGGUUGACGACCUCGGGCCCGAAGUCGGUGACAUCAAAAUCAUCCCACUGUACUCCACGUUGCCUCCACAGCAGCAGCAGAGGAUCUUCGAGCCACCCCCACCCAAUAAACCAAAUGGCGCCAUCGGAAGGAAGGUUGUCGUGUCAACAAAUAUUGCCGAGACGUCCCUGACCAUCGAUGGGGUGGUGUUUGUAAUUGAUCCCGGAUUUGCCAAGCAAAAGGUGUAUAACCCACGUAUCAGAGUGGAAUCCCUUUUGGUCACAGCCAUCAGCAAGGCCUCAGCCCAGCAGAGGGCAGGUCGUGCCGGACGGACACGGCCAGGAAAGUGUUUCCGCCUUUACACGGAGAAAGCUUACAAGACAGAAAUGCAGGACAACACGUAUCCAGAGAUUCUGAGGUCUAAUCUCGGCUCUGUGGUGCUGCAGCUGAAGAAACUGGGUAUUGAUGACCUGGUGCACUUCGACUUCAUGGAUCCGCCAGCCCCAGAGACCCUGAUGCGAGCCCUGGAGUUGCUGAACUACCUGGCGGCGCUCAAUGACGACGGUGACCUGACGGAGCUGGGCUCCAUGAUGGCAGAGUUCCCCCUGGACCCCCAGCUGGCCAAGAUGGUCAUCGCCAGCUGUGAAUUCAACUGUUCAAACGAGGUCCUCUCCAUCACUGCCAUGUUGUCAGUCCCACAGUGCUUCGUCCGACCCACGGAGGCUAAGAAGGUUGCCGACGAGUCCAAGAUGCGCUUCGCCCACAUCGACGGGGACCACAUGACGCUGCUCAACGUCUACCACGCCUUUAAACAAAACCACGAGUCCACUCAGUGGUGCUAUGACAAUUUCGUCAACUACCGCUCGCUGAUGUCGGCAGACAACGUACGCCAGCAGUUGUCCAGGAUCAUGGACCGCUUCAGCCUGCCGCGGCGGAGCACUGAGUUCAGCAGCAGAGACUACUACAUCAACAUCCGCCGAGCGCUGGUCACUGGCUUCUUCAUGCAGGUCGCUCACCUGGAGCGCACCGGCCAUUACCUGACGGCGAAGGACAACCAGGUCGUGCAGCUGCACCCCUCCACUGUGCUGGACCACAAGCCGGAGUGGGUGCUUUACAACGAGUUUGUGCUCACCACCAAGAAUUACAUCCGCACGUGCACUGACAUCAAACCAGAGUGGCUGGUGAAAAUUGCCCCGCAGUACUAUGAGAUGAGUAACUUCCCCCAGUGUGAAGCAAAGAGACAGCUGGAGCGUAUCAUUGCAAAACUCUCAUCCAAGGAAUACUCUCAGUACUAAGAAGGUUUGCAUGCACUGCGACGGCGUCCUCAGUGUCUGUGCAAAGGAAGAUCUGAACUCAUUUGAGCUGGUUUGUUCCACCAACAGCCUCAUUUUGAAUUCUGUUUUUGUCUGUGUGUAACGUAUUUUCAUGAUUGAUCAAUUAUGUUGCAUUACCUUUGAGGGCCACCUCAUGUCUCAUUUUUUUUGUAAGCCAAGAGGGUUCAGCACUACUAGAAAUGUACUGUAAAUUAAGGGUUAUGAGGAAUUUAGCCAAUACCGAUUUCUGUUGAAAGCAUGAUAUUUCAUGUAAAUUUCAUCAUUCCUCUUUCAGACAUCCAUACUAAGUCACAGCUCGGGGUUCUUGGCUGCUUGUACAGCUGAAACGGCAUUAGUCCACGGAGCCAAGCUUUUGAUCAAAUGUAAUUUAUACUGUAUUUUGAUGCAGGCAUAAUGUAUUGUUCUCUUGUCAAGGAGAUGCUAAGAAAGGCACUCUGGUCACAUUUCCUGUCGCUGUUCAACUUAAUAAAAAUGAC